AAGGUAGAACGGGGAUUAAGGAAUGAAAUAUCUGUUUAUGACAAAGACAAUAAUAAUAAGAUUAUUGCACCUUGUACACAAAUUACAUUUGACAUUCAAAUUCCUGAAUUUUCUUUAGAAACGAUUUUAACGGGAUCUAAUAAAGUUACAGCUCAAAAUAUAGUUGACUUAUUUAAUAUAGCAAUGAAAACUAGACAAAAAGAGAUUUUAUACUGGUAUUGUUACUAUAAAUCAUAUGAAGAUAGGAUCAGUAAUAUUAGGUCUAAUAAUAAAAUUAAUGACAAAUCUGCGAGGAUAUUGGUAUAUAAUGAAAUUAAAUUACUUCUACCUGACAUUACUGAUGUAAAUUUACGUAAAAUAACCUUCAGAGCUAAAAAAAUCUAUAUAUUAGUCGAAGGAAUAGGGAUGGAUAGAAUCAGACAA